AUGUCCUCGCUCGUCUCGACCGUCACCAACACGUUGGCCGUCACUCCGACCACGCGCGUCCGCGGCCUCGAAGCAUUCACUUCCAGCCAUCUCUGGACGCCUUAUGGAGCCCGCGGCGUCUUCGGCGGACAGGUUGUCGCCCAGUCGCUCAUGGCGGCCAUUGACACCGUCGAGGGAAAAGACCUCCACUCGCAGCAUUGCUACUUCCUUCUUCCCGCCAACUCGAAGGCGCCAAUCACAUUUACAGUCGAGCGUCUCCGUGAUGGUGCGAGUUAUGCGACGCGUCUAGUCCACGCGCUCCAGGAUAGUCGGACCGUCUUCAUCCUGAUGGCGUCGUUCUCCGCCCCGCCGCGCAAGCUCCCCACCGACCUCGUGUCUCCUACCGGUCCCGCGUUCUUUGAGCCCGACUCGGAACAGCCCGCCGUCGACAACUCGCAUGACGACAAGAGGGACGAGCCAGGGAUUACGGAGACGCUCAAGUUUGACAAGAUUGCCGCCAAGUUUGCUGCUAAAUUCGACCCGCCCACCAAUGGAACUAGUACCAAGCCCGAGGUGCAGCGCCAGCCUCGGCGCGCGUUCCAGCCCUCAUACCAGAAGACUAUGCCGACUGAUAUCGUGCCGUACAAGGACGCGGUUACUGAGGAGGAGAUCUGGGAGAGUUUCCUGCAGCGCGCCAAGACCAAGAAUGUCGCGCUGGGAUCAAAGGUCCGCGCGGUGCAGAACUACAUCAAGGAACGCCAACAGUCGCCCGUCACCAUCUCCAUCGCCCGGGCCCAGAGCGAGGAGUACCCUACCACUCGCGCGAUCUGGAUGCGUGCCCGUCUCCAGCCGGGGGAGACACUCACUCCCAACAUGGUCCGCGCGCUUAUUGCGUUCGCGACCGACUUCCAGUUCAUUGGAACGGGAGCUCGCACCGUUGGUCUCUCAGGAACCUCAAAGCCGCGUUUAGGCAUGAUGGCUUCGAUCGACCACUGCCUGCACUACUACCCGCUGCCGGCCGACUUUGACCCCUCCGCGCCGCUGCUGCACGUCAUGGACGCGGUGCAGGUUGAUGUCGCGAGUGGGCGCGGGUUUGUGCGCGGUUGUGUGUACACUGAAAACGGUUACUUGGUCGCGUCGACGUCGCAGGAGGGCGUUAUCCGGGCGGACAUUAGCGGCAAGAAGCCUACGAUGGAGCACAAAAGACACCAGGACGCGGAGAAUGAGACGGACAAGGCGAAGCUUUAG